ACUCAAACCUCGACACUCCUUCUGGUCGCUCCAUCUGAGGGUCCAGUACAAUCGGAUAUGGAAAGGCACCAUUCCCCACACGGCGAUCAGGAACAAAGCCAUUGUCGCCACAACCACCACCGCAAAUAGCCUAGACACACCAGAAAUGGCAUCACCAACAGCCUCGUUCCCCUGUGGCUUCACCCUAACACUACAUCUUAAAGCCACAGACCAUCAAUUGUAAGAGUUUGCAUCAUGCCUGGAAUGUAUUCGACUCGUGGCGCCACGUCCCAUCAUCUGUCUGGACGGCCUGCCGAAAGGUUAACGGCGCAUCGGCAUGGCCAAACCAUGAAGUCAUCCGAAAAGUCGGAGUGGACGAGCCAAGACGAUUGAAGUGAAGAUCUGGACCUCGGGAUGGCCUUGGGCGGGUGUUGGUGGAGGAGAGGGUAUAUAGAACGAGCUUGCCAUCGCGCAGCGUCCCUAGGGGAGCGUUUUUGACAUCAUUCAUUCAUUCACUCAUUCUUUGCGCUUCAUCACUCCUUUCAACAUGAAGCUGCUACUCACGUUCGUUCUAUCGGCCCUGGUUGGCCUAACAUGCGGUCUCGCAUCGACAGAUACCAUCACCUGGGGAGGCGACAACUCCCGAACAGGCUACCAAACUAACCAUAACAUGGAUCCCGCGAUCGUAGGAAGCCCCCAGUUCGACAUCGUCUUCAAAACGGCCCUCCCAGGAAAAUACGUCGGCGCCGCAGAACAGAUCUUCUCACAACCUCUCAUCUACACUCCUUCAGGCGGUACGACGCAAUACGUUUAUCUUGCGACGACUCAGAAUAAUAUUUAUAAACUUGAUGCAAAGACUGGCGUGAUUCUUGCAUCGCGCAACAUUGGCAUUCCGUUCCUUACUGCUGAUUUGGACGGUUGUGUUGAUGUCAACCCUACUGUUGGCGUCACUGCGACUGGUGUUAUUGAUCCUGAUAGCGAUACAUGGUAUUUAACUUCAAAGACGUAUGUUAAUCAGAAUGCGGGCCAGGUUCCCCAGGGAAGACCGGCUGGAAGGUAUAAGAUCCAUGCUAUCAACGUGAAUGAUCUUUCGGAACGACAGAACUUCCCCGUUGAUCUGGAGGGUACGAUUGCUAGAAACAAUCCAGAGAGGAUGUUCACCGGCGGCAUCCACCAUCAACGGCCUGGGCUACUCCACACAGGACAAUACGUGUACGCUGGCUUCGCAUCUCACUGCGUACAGUACAACUUCACAGGCUGGAUAAUAGGCUGGGACAAAACCACCGGCCAACUAGUCGAACACUGGGCCUCCGAAGGUCUCGGAGUAAGCAGCAACAUCUCCGGCGCAGGAAUCUGGCAAUCCGGCGGCGGUCUUGCCUCCGACGACGCAGGAUCAAUGUUCUUCGCCACUGGCAACGGGUACGCUUCUCAACUGUCCACCAUUCCCGUAAAUGGCUUCACGCCCCCGACCGCGAUGGAACAAGCGGCUGUUCACAUGUCCAUCAACAGCGAUGGCACCCUCUCGAUUGUGGAUUUCUUCAUGCCGUUUGAGAAGCAGGAGCUUGAUGGUGCGGAUAAGGAUCUGGGGACGAGUCCGCUCGAGAUUCUGCCAAGUCAAUUCUCGUGUGGUGAUGUCAAGAGGAUGGGGAUUGUUACGGGCAAGUCGGGAAAGACUUAUUGGCUUAAUCUUGAUGAUCUUGGUGGUUAUCGCAAUGGUCCUAACUCAAAGGAUAGAGUUAUCCAGACGUUUCAGAAUGAGAACUCUGUGUAUGCUGGUGCUGGUGUUUAUCCUCUCGAAGGGGGCUACAUCUAUAUCAACGUGAUCCAAUACCCAACGCACGUCUUCAAAUUCUCCUGUCUCAACAACACACCCUACUUCACCAAAGUCGCCGACUCACCCACCAACAACGCCUACAUCCUCGGCGUAAGCCACGGCACAACAACAUCCCUUAACAACCAAGAAGGCACAGGUCUCCUCUGGGUAUCCGAUGUCCAAAACACCAACUUCAAGAUCUACGACGCAGUUCCUCAGAACGGCUACCUCAAUGUCAUACGCAACUUCACCAUCGUGGGUAUUACCAAGUUCAGUAGACCUGUGUUUGGCGAUGGCAUGGCGUAUAUCGGCACGACGGUGGGAUACUUUUACGGUCUCGGGUCGACGAAUAAGUUUCCGCUUAAUUGUACGAGUUCGAUUGACUUUGGCACUGUGGACUUUCAGGGGAGUGGUGUGCAGCUUGUUAAUUGUACGGCGGGCUUUGAUCUGAGUGUAACGGGUGUUGCGCUUGCGGAUGGGACGAAUUAUAACAUCAGCCAGACGCCGAGCCUGCCGUUGUUGUUGUCAGCGGGGGAUACAUUACAAUUCGCGGCGCAGUUCGUCCCCAAGGGUGUUGGGAGGUUGGGCACUACCAUUAAUAUUCAGACUUCGGGCGUGUCGGAUGCAUCGUACAGCAAGUCUGUCAAAGUCAGGCUUACGGGAGUCGGCAAGAGUUCGAAUGCGUUGUUGGAUGUUAGUCCCAAGUCUGUUGUGUUCACCGGUCUCGUCACCGGUACUCAAGCUGAAGCUCAGAGCGUUCUUAUCGGCAACGAUGGAUCUAGCGAUCUACAAGUCUCUUCAGUUCUGUACUCCAAUACCUCUUCAUCUGGUCCAUUCACCACCUGGUCGGGAACAGGCAGUCUCACCGUUGGUAAGUUCACAUUGACUGGUAUCCCAAGCACGGUCCCUGGCGGAAACGACACUGCCAUCUCUGUGAAACCAGAGACUUCUGUCACUGGCAAUUACACAGCUUGGGUCAAGUUCGUCACCACUGGAGGCAAUGCUACUGUGUCUUUAUCUGCUGCCGCUGGCGAUCCCCCAACAGCUCUUCUCGAGUUCCAAACACCAGAUGGAAGCGGCUGGGUCAAGUACGAUCCUAACAAUCCCUUCACCUUCGGGAACGUCACAGAAAACACAUCUCGCUCUCUCAAAUUCCGCGUCUCAAACACGGCUGCUCCUGGUGGUGUCAAGCUUGGUCUCACAGUCUCCAAGCCACCCUUCGGCGUUCCAGGCAUCAUCAAAUCAGCAAACCAAAUCGAUCUCGCUGAAGGAACACUCAUCGCACCAGGUCAAAGCCAAACAGCGACACUAACCUGCACCGUCCCCAAAAGCCAAUGGAACCUCCCAUCAUACAACGGCACCGCCCAGUGGACUAUGAACACCAACGAUCCAACCUGGUCUUUCGAAAAGCGCGCAGUGCAAUUCUUCUGCAACGCCGUGUCCGAACAAGCAGCUCCUCUUCUUCCCAAUGGUCAAGGACGGUAUCAAUACGUCGGCUGCUUCAAGGAAAACAACCCCGGCCGGCAGCUGUCCAACCAGCUUUAUGCUAACAGCUCCAACACCAAUGAGAUGUGCAUCAACGCCUGUGGUUCAGAAGGUCUGACAUUCUGCGGAACGCAAUACCGAAGUGAGUGCUGGGCUGGCAACAAGAUCCCGACUCAAAAGGUUGACGAUAAGAACUGCAACUUCGACUGUGCGGGUAGUCUGAACCAGAUCUGCGGUGGAAAUGGCAUUGAUGGCAGUGGAGCUUACAUCAGUCUUUUCGCUGAUACUCUUCAGUGGGACGGGUCGUAUGCGAGUGUCACUUCGAGUAGCAGUGCCAGCGCUGCGACGCCCCAAGGACCAUCUGUCAAUCCUGGCGUUGGUGGCUACACGAGCAUUGGGUGCUAUACUGAGGCGACCAACGCUAGAGCACUAACUAACGGGAGGGGGAAUAAUCCCCCUACCGUUGCGAACUGUGUGCAGGCUUGUAGCAAUGACAACUUCCUUUAUGCUGGUGUCGAGUAUGGUGGAGAGUGCUACUGCGGAAAUAGUUUCUCGGAUGGAUCAGUACCUGCUCCGAUCACUGAUUGCGCCAUGCUCUGUAACGGCAACUCGAGCGAAUACUGUGGUGGUCCUAGCCGGUUGAACGUCUAUGAACUCAAUGCGGUCUACAGUAGUUCAUUGCCCACAUCAAUAGGAGCUUUUUCGUCAGCUAGUGGCGUGAGUUCCUCAGUAGCUGCCUCUUCAAAUGCUGCUGUCUCCGUUUCGAGCUCUGGUUCAGUUGCAUCGACCAGCAUGGGAGCUGCAUCUAGUUUCUCGAGCGCCUCUUUCUCGUCGUCUUUGGCUUCGGCCAGUGGAAGCUCUUCCUCCGACGGAGGAUCGAGCUCGACCUCAAACAGUGCUUCUACUAGCAUAGGCUCAGCCAGCAGCUCGACCUCAGCUGGUGUCUCAAGUAGUAUGUCGACAAGCUCCACGGGCUCUUUCAGCACUUCGCUGAGCGUUUUUGGUAACAUCGCCGGCGGCCUCAACAGCGCUUCUUCCGCCUCCAGCUCUGUAUCAGCGUCCUCUACUGGGAGCUUGACCUCAACAAGCGUUGCAACGAGUGCUUCUUCAGCUGCCAGCACCAGGAGCGCCAGCGCUGCUUCGCGGGCUACGACCUCGACUUCAACAACGGCGAUCUCGUCAGCCACUAUGUCUUCGUCGACAUCUUCUAGCACAAGUUCAACAACAUGGACAACCUUCGCUACAUUCUCCUCAACUAGCUCGCGUGCCUCCACUACAACCACCAGCACAACUUCGUCAAUUUCCAGUUCGUCGCUCUCGAGUGCAGUAUCCUCAAACACAUUGCCUUCAAGCGUGUUAAGCGCCCCAAGCGCACUGUCUCUCAGCGGGAUAUCAUCAUUGGCGGCGUCUUCAAUCGUCAGUCGUUCCUCAUCAGCUACGGUAUCCUCAAGUCUCUCAGUGGUCUCGUCACUGAGCUCUCUGGUUGCGGGAGGCCCAGCUGGUGCUUCAUCCAUAUCUAGCGUCACAUCUGCUGCCACAACAACUCGUUCAACUUCCGUUGCACCUUCAUCAACGUCUUCGGCUACAAGCUCGUCCAUUAGCACAACAUCGCGGGCCAGUUCUACGACUACCACUAGCUCUAGUACUUCAACCACCAGUAGUUCCACAACCUCAAGAGCGUCCUCCACCACCUCAACAUCAAUUAAGCCAACAGCAACAGGCCCCUCAGUAUCCGAAACAGUCGGAACAUGGGCUUUCCAAGGCUGCUGGACAGAAGGCUUCCUCAUCCGCGCCCUCAAUUCUAAGGCCACCGCCAGCGACGACAUGACCCUCGAAAGCUGCGCCAGCUUCUGUAACGGCUAUACUUACUUCGGUACCGAGAACAGUCGGGAGUGUUACUGUGGCAAUCAGCUCAAUUUCGGAAGCUAUCAAGCCUUUAACCAAAAGGACUGCUCUGCUUCCUGCGCAGGUGACAAGACAGACUAUUGCGGUGGAACUCUUCGAUUACAGCUUUACAAAGCUGGCGCUAAGACUACAACUCCCUCUGUGGACCAGGGUAACAAGAACUUCACGAGCUACUCAUGCGUUUCGGAGCCUUUCCUCGGUCGUUUACUGCCUCAACUUGUCAUGAGCGACGGUAAUUCCAUGACGAUCGAUGCGUGCCUUGAGAAGUGUUGGAUGUAUAAAUACGCUGGUGUCGAGAACGGUCGCGAAUGUUGGUGCGGCAACAAUAUCAAUUGGCAAGGUCUUCUGCCUUCUUUCGGUCAGGGUAAGAAUGUUUCCAUGACGGAUUGCAAUAUUAGCUGUCCUGGAAAUAAUCUUGCGUACUGUGGUGGGCUGGCAAGGAUGAAUCUGUAUAUUAACAAGUCUUCGGCUUUGGCGUUUUUGAAGAAGCAUAAGAGACGGCAUGCGAAGGGAUUUUGAGAUGGAUACGAGUUUUUAGAGUUGGACUUCAGUUCAUAUAGACAAUAGCCUGCAUAUAUCGACGACCGUUACAAAG